UUCGUUAACAGUGCGUUUUUUGACAUUCAUGCAACUAUCUACUAUAUUACGCUCUCCAUCUCUGGAUUAUCAAAUCAAUUCGAAUAAUAGACCAAUUCACCUCCAUUCCUCGGAUACAACACCCGACCCUCUCCUGUACUCCACGCCCCCACGUGCCCGCUGAUUGGCCAGCCGAACACGACCAUCUCGGACGGGCAUCGUCAUUGCGCGGUCGAAGGUCGCGAACACCGCAGACCUCGGAGGCACACACACAGUCUCGCGUUCAUUUUUGAAAAACCCUCCCUCACUCUCUCUUUCUUCCCACAUCAGUCCUUACUGCACCUCCCCUCACUCAUCACCACCAUGGCCAUCCACACCCCCGACGACCCAUCCGCCCCUACCCAACCCAUUGACAUCGCAGCAUGGACCGAAGAAGCCACGGCGGCCAUCAGCACGAUGACCCUUUCCGCGCCGGUCGACCCCGAGCCAGAGUUAGAGCUCGAGUCACGACCAGAGCCGCAAUCCUCCCGAGGCAUGUACGCCCCGAUCCACAUCUCCAUCGACGAGCCCCUGCGCUCCGAAACCGACAAACCAUCGUCGUCGGCAUUGUACAAGCGCAAAGAGCCACUGCGCCGCGACAGCCUCAAGAGGCGCGAAGCGCUGCUCAAAGGCAAGGAGGGGAGUCGGCGGCGCCGGAAGUGGGAGAAUGACCGCCUCCUCUCCGUCCCCAACGCGCAACCCCCGACCCCCCGCGACUGGGAAAUCCACCCCACGCACCCGGUGCACCACGUACCGUACUACCUCGCGCCCCUCUGGGACGCCGGCCUGGCCCGGCAAUCCGCGCGUCGCGAAGCCGCCGCCGCGGCCGCCGCGCGGAAGCGCAAGGCACAGGCAUUGGCACAGGCACAGGCGCAGUCGCAGGCACAAUCACAGGCACAGGGACGCAAUAACACCAGCAGCAUCAGCGUGGUAGCAGUAGCAUCGAAACCCACAGACCCGGGCGUGGUGCCGAGGGAGCUGCGGGAGAAGAUGAAAAAGAAGAGGGGUGCGAGGGGGUUACUCAUGGAUUUGGAGGGGGAGGUGAGGGCGUUUGUGGAGAGGGUGGGGGAGAGGGAAAGAAGGAGGAAUGAGGGGAGGAGGAUGAUGAUGAUACCGGUUGAUGAGGAGUUAGAGGUUGAUUCCGAAGAGGAUGUUGAUGAGGUUGUGUUUGUGGGGCGGAAUAAUCGUGCGCCGCCGAGGCAAAUCCCUUCUCGGUCGAAUAAUAACGAAAAGGAAGAAGAAAUAGAGGUGGAAGAAGACAUACACCACUCAAUGCUCAUCCUCGAAACCCCCGCCGGCGACCGCUCCGGCACCUUCGCCAGGUGGCUGGUCCAUCACAUCGGGACGUACUACGGGCUGCGGACGUGGAGCGUCACGAGGGGCGACCCCGCGAGGAGGGAGGCGUACAUCGGGGUCAAAAAGGAGACGACGGCGGCGGCGGGCAAGAGCGGUGGUGGCCUUGGCCUGAGGGCUGGGAUGCCGAGGAGGGAGGGGGUUUGCAAUCCGCUGCCUAGGCCGCUGUGGGGAUUGGUGUAGAUUGGACUGGGCAGCCAUUGUUGUCGAGGGUGAAGCGUUUUGAUUGAGUGCGUAGAUUGGGUUGGCUAUUUAUCAUUGGCAUCGUUUGCCUUUGAGAUUAUUAUGGGUGUUGCUAUCUGUUUUUCGUUGUUGGCAUGAGCGCCUCCAGCUAGACUGGCAUCCAUGUUUCUGUUCAGCGGAUGGGGAUUCGGAAAACUUCAUCUCAUUUCACUGAGACUAAGCACAAUACGAACUACACAUAGAGCUAAGAACUUACAUAGGGCAAUGCAUUCACAUUUCCAAGGCUC